UUAGCUGAAACAUUCUAAGACUGAACUGAACACACAUACUGAUUGUUUCCUUCGACUGGAGCCGAUUUUAAUCGUUGACAGUCGGAGAAGAACACAAACGUUUACGAUUGAGACCGCUGCUAAGCAACACACUGUGCGCGGGAUCUUGAAAAUGGAUGUAAACAAACAGCUGGCGCUCUUCAUCUGCAGCUAUAUUUGUGCGGAAAAUAACAAAAAAAGAGGAAAAACGCGCAGGAUAUGGGUGAGGUCCUGGCUGGAGAGGCAACAUGGACUUUGUUCUCUACAGAGAGAAUUUGAGGUGAGUAACUUUGUUAAAUUAAUCUAUUUUUAGAGCUUGCACUCCGGUGGUGUCGGCCGUUAAGCAACACUGUUGCGCCUCUGAUAACAGCGACAACGAGCACUCAACAUGAUUUCAAAAACAACACAUCCCAGCGCCAGAUCGCCUAUAAUUAACACAAAUUGAUAAUCAGCUAGAGGUGUUUCUUUUGUAUUAGAUAUCAGCGAAAUGCCGCGAGAUGUUUCAAAAAGUGGUGGGGACAUGUCCCACAUGCAAAUUACGCCCAUGUUAAAAGCAAAGGGCACUUUCACUUUCGCGAUCAAAGGGGCAGGGCUCUUUAUAUUCUCUCUGUAUAUAUUGUAUCAUUAACUGUUAAUUUUGUAUCCAUAGCUUUCCAGAUAAAUAAAAUAUAUAUAUAAUAUAUAUAAUAUACAAAACAUGAUUUAAAAAAAAAAAAAAAAAAAAAAGUCUAGUCAUUAUCUUUAUCACUUGUUGCCCCCCCUAUUGGUUGGUGCCCCAGGACACUCGCCCAAUCCCGUCUAUGGAUAUCCGGCCCUGUACCUGACACGUUCAAAGCUUCCGCAAUAGCAGCCCAGCUUCUUUCCUUAUCGCUUCUAUUAUGGUAUUCCUUCGAAGAUAUAUUGUAUAGACAUUCGUACUCUUGCCAGAGUUCAACCAAUUUUUCUUCCAUACCGGUUGUCCAAUGUGUUUUUAUGUUGCAAACUUUUUUUGACGCCAUUUCGCCGCUUGUUUACAAUCGCCUGACACAGUCUCCAAGGAAACAGACGUCAGCGGUCGCAAAUAUUAUGCUGCCUUCACGUGCUCUAUUGUAAAGAUGACUUUCCUUGUAAAAAAUUGAACGCGAAUUUGCUCGCAACCACUACUUCAGAAGUGGGAAUUAUCAAAUUUGAGAAGAAUCUUUGUGAGGAGGACUGGCAAUGACUGUUUCUAAAAUUCUAAGACUAGAAUCGUUAGACGCAGCACACUGCAAGAUUUUAAGCACCAACUGUAAACACCGACUGAACGCAACUGGCUUUGACUCAGCGCGAUUGGACAUGAUCAGUCUGUGGGCUGCAGUCUCCCCUCAGUCUGUGGUGAGACCGCAUGCGGUGAGAUUGACAGUGUCAGAUAAACGGCUCACAGGGACUAUGGUCCACACAUCUGAGGAGAGGAGAGGGGAGGACAAGAGAGUGACCAGUCAUCUACAUAUCACACAGUCAAGCACCAUCUGUUGGUCUUCACGCUGGCAGAGAUUGGUACCCCCAGAUCUGUGCCCUUCCAUGGUUUCAUUAACAAAGCUGGGACGACAGGGAGACAGAGUUGGAUAUUGACUACACUUCUUCUGAGCCUUUGAAGCCAUUCACACACAGAUAGACAUUGCUGAGAAAGUUAGCCAGAAGCAUCUGGAGCGGGCGGCACUCAAGUCGGAGAGCAGGCUUUGAUUGACAGCUGACUGACAAUUGACUCUGCAGUCCUGCACGCUGAAGGAGAUCUCAGAUGCAAUUUCCAUGAAUAAAAUCCUGCGGCAGAAACUAGGAACAGGAAAUGCUAUGGAUAUCCUCAGCGCAGUAGAUUUCUCCUUCACAUAGCACUAUGAGUGGAUCACUUCAUCAUUUUUGAACUUCCUAACUCUUCUUCACGUACGUGGCCAUCAGCGGCCAUGAGUGGAAAGAGCUCUGACUGAUACAGGGAACAGAAAACGGCAUCAGAGGAUGGGGGCACCUGGCGGGCCAAUUCUGGGUGGGUUUAGCUCUACGACAUCCUCCCUAGACCUCACUGGCUGGAUGGUCUGGCCUGGCAAUACCACCGUGAGCCUAAACCAGAGCUUUUUCGGGACUGAUUACAGUGUCAAUCUCCCCUCCUCAUCUUCAUCUUCUCCUCAUGGGGUCGAAAGGGAGGUGAUGAAGGAAAAGAACUGGCCAGCCCUGCUGAUUCUUGUGAUUAUCUUUCUGACAAUAGGAGGAAAUAUUUUGGUUAUUCUAGCUGUGUCACUGGAGAAGAAACUGCAAAAUGCAACAAACUUCUUCCUGCGCUCCCUUGCCGUGGCGGACAUGCUGGUCGGCAUCUUGGUCAUGCCCAUCUCGCUCAUUAACAUCCUGUAUGAUUAUGCCUGGCCAUUGCCCAGCGCCCUCUGUCCUAUUUGGAUAUAUCUGGAUGUGCUUUUCUCCACUGCUUCCAUCAUGCACCUGUGUGCCAUUUCCCUCGACCGCUACGUGGCCAUACGCAAUCCGAUUGAGCACAGUCGGUUCAACUCCCGCACCAAGGCCAUGCUGAAGAUCGCUGCAGUUUGGACCAUUUCAAUAGGUGUCUCAAUGCCUAUCCCAGUGAUCGGACUGCGUAACAGAGAAAAGGUCUUAAUAGACGGCAACUGUGCUCUGAACGAGGAACGUUUCAUACUUGUUGGCUCUUUUGUUGCCUUCUUCAUUCCUCUGGUCAUCAUGGUGGUCACUUAUUGCCUCACCGUCCAAGCACUUCAGCGUCAGGCCACAGUCUUCCUCUAUGAGAGCAAAGCCUGUUCUCAGCAGCCAUUGCAGCCUCCACCUACUUCCCAGUUGGCCCCGCCGUCGGCUCCAUCACGUCGUAGCAGUCUGAACUGUCUACGGAUCAGCAACAACGACGGAAACCCGCUCAGUCUGACCGUGCCCCCGGACACCAUCUCAAUAAUCCCAAGUUCAGAAGUGCCAUCUCAAAUGAAUUCGCCUGCUGGACGGGACCCGGGUGGAGCCCACGGGCGGCGGGGCAUGAUGCAGGCCAUUAAGAACGAGCGGCGAGCAUCUAAAGUGUUGGGCGUAGUGUUCUUCCUCUUCCUUUUCAUGUGGUGUCCCUUUUUCAUUACUAACGUUCUGUAUGUCCUCUGCCGCGGAGCCUGCGAUGAGCCUCUGCUCACAGAACUGCUCAAUGUGUUCGUUUGGGUGGGCUACAUCUCAUCGGGGGUCAACCCUUUAGUGUACACUUUGUUUAACAAGACCUACCGAAGGGCAUUUUCGAGCUACUUGCACUGCCAGUAUGGACGGGUAGGACUUAAACCCAUCGCUAUACACGCUCCUUGUCCGUCCCAUGCUGUGGUCACACCCAUCCUGAUCUGCGAAAAAGUUUCCAUUGACCGGAACAGUAACUGCCGCAAUGGGGACGGAAAUGGAAUCCGAAAUCUGGAGCUCCACGACAUGGACGCUGACCCCGGACUGGAGCUGAAACCGGGAAUAUCGGAGCUCUCCAUCAGCAGCUGUCACAGUCACACAGAACACACCAGCAGUGUCUGAAAAAUAUCUUUUAGUUUGACGUGGCAAACGGGACAGGGUGUGACCAAGCUCCAAGUGAUGUUUAGAUCUUGAGGAGAUGUCGCACAAGAACUCGUAACUCUCAUCGACUCAGCUGUAUCACAGCAUAGAAUGUAUGCUGUGUUAGCUACGGAAACAAUCUGACCAAGAUCGGAAAAGGGAGAUGGAAUGUAACGUGUGUGUGUGUGUGUGUGUGUGUGACAGAGAGAGAGAUUGUUUGUGUUAACAGGUUCAGAUGUUUGAAUGCCAUUAAGUACUGCAUGAGCACCCAGUCUCUUACUAAAGCAGCAUUGGCCAUUACGAGACAGCAGUUCAUGCAAGAUAGAGUCAUAGCAUCCUCUUGUGGUCAGUUGAAAAAUUACAAAAAGACCUAGUGUGAAUCCAAAUAAAGUUACUGUGUCAUCCAAGCUAUGCUGUCUAAAUACACUUGCAAGUCAGGUCAUUGUUUGUGUAACUUGUAAACACCUCCAGUAUGAUAUGCUGAAUCCUUUGAGUGGCAGUAAAACGAUAAUACAGACCUAACAAUGCAGAGGAAAUGACUGCAAACCACUUCUCACAGUGACCUAGAAAGCCAGACCUAACAGAAAAAUGGGGUGAAAGUCAUAUGCCAAAUUUACACAGUAAAGGUGGCACAGAAGCGCUUCUGAAGUGGCAAUUAGGUGUCUUUACACAGACUGUUUAAUGCUGCUCAGAGGUGCAAUAAAUGCAUUUACACAGCAAUUUGAAUAAGUAUACAUUUGUACUAGGGGUUAAGGUGGGUCAGAGCAGGCAUAAUUUAGCCUGACUUUUAUUCAGCAUUAUGUCUUUAGACAGAAUUUUGAGCAGGCACUGAGCAGCUUUAAAUCAGUUUUGUGUAAAGAUGCCUAUACGUAACAUAAAGCUUUAAUCAAAAAUUUCAGUUUGCAUCUUUAAUGCUAACAUGUAAUGCAGUUUGAGCUUUAUUCCAGUCCAAACUGCUUCUCAAGGAUUUUUUCAAAAGAUAGUGAAGUAAUUAGCCUCCACGAUCUACUGUGAAUGUAAGAUUAGUUGUGAGCUGCUUCAUCAGGUGGUCAUGACCGAAUGAGAGAAGAGUACUAAAACAAUUUACAUAUUAUGGACAGAUUGUCCAUGGCAAUGUUGGUCAGUAAGACCAAAAAUGCUCAUUUGAGGAUGUCUAUGAAUAAUGUAUAAAGCUGUAAAUUCUUGCUGUUUUCCUGUGUAGAACCUUAGAAUUUCUCCUGUAUCACCUGCCCUUGUUCAAACUCUCCUUUUUAUACCAUAGCCUGUGAAAGUUUUACCAGAUCCUCUUUUUUGUUUUUUUGUUAUAAAAACCCCAUCAUCCUCACAAUGUUAUCAUUUUGUGAAGCUGCUAUUUAUUUAAUAAAAGACAAUUAGCAUUCA